CUCCGGAGCGUGGCGUGCUCCUCCUUGCAGCGGGCGGCGAAAAUCCCCUCCUGGCUGGCUGGCUGGCUGGCUGGGGGCGCCGCGGCUGAGCCAGCGGGUAGGGCAGGCGGCGGGCAUCGGCAGGCAGAACCAGCCCCCGCGGCUGCGCGUCUUGGCUCGUCCUGCCGGGAGGAUGGCAGCGCCAGCGCCGACGGAACCCAGCCGCCGAAGCCGCCCGCUCCUGCCCGGGCUGUAGGGAGGUUAUGAAUGCAGAUUCACAGAUCGAAACUGGACCAGCCGGAACAGCUGGGUAUCAAGGGAAAGCCAAAUAAACACAGUACAAGAUUUGACUGGAGCUUCAGCUGUACUUGACGGCAUCACCCCAGAAACUGGAAAAUAUAAGUGAAACUGAAGCUCUUCAGAAGCAAGUGCAGCUUCUGACAUUUGCACAGCAGAGGGGCAAUGGAAUUAUGCCGGAGAACAAGAGGUAUUUGACCACUCUGUGGAGAAGGGAAGUGUCUCAUUCUUAGCAGGAAUGUGCAACUAUUUACUUUUGGAAAGGGGGAGUGCCAUGAGAUCUAUUGAAGUGACUGUCUGUUUGUGGUUGUUACAAAUAGCUUUGCAACCCUCCUGGGACUGAAAUAGUUCCGGUCCAUUGGGGCAAAUCAUACAUUGGACAGUGUUAUUUUUUUUUUAAUUCUCUCUUCCCAGAGACUACACCUGGCACAAGCAUUAAGGCAACUACAGCUCCUUUUUGCAGGCUGAGAGAGGGGGGGCAGAGGUAGGGGGUCAAGAAGAACGAAUCUCAAAAUCUCCCCUUCUGCUAGUCUUUUCUGUACCAUGGGAUGUAGGCAAAGCUCUGAGGAGAAAGAGGCAGCGCGGCGGUCCCGAAGGAUUGACCGCCACCUGCGCUCUGAGAGUCAGCGGCAACGACGUGAGAUCAAGCUCUUACUUCUUGGCACUAGUAAUUCUGGAAAAAGCACCAUCGUCAAGCAGAUGAAAAUUAUCCACAGUGGUGGCUUUAAUUUAGAGGCCUGCAAAGAGUACAAGCCUUUGAUUAUCUAUAAUGCCAUUGACUCCCUCACACGCAUCAUUCGUGCUCUGGCCACCCUUAAGAUUGAGUUUCACAAUCCUGACAGAGCCUAUGAUGCGGUACAGCUUUUUGCCCUGACUGGCCCAGCUGAAAGCAAAGGUGAGAUCACUCCUGAGCUGCUUGGGGUCAUGAAAAGGCUCUGGGCUGAUCCUGGUGUGCAAGAGUGUUUCUGUCGCUCCAACGAGUACCAUCUAGAGGACAAUGCUGCCUACUACUUGAAUGACCUGGAAAGGAUUGCUGCAUUGGACUAUAUUCCUACAGUUGAAGAUAUUCUGCGCUCUCGGGACAUGACUACAGGGAUUGUGGAAAAUAAGUUUACCUUCAAAGAGCUGACUUUCAAAAUGGUGGAUGUGGGUGGGCAGAGGUCCGAGCGUAAAAAAUGGAUCCAUUGUUUUGAGGGGGUUACAGCAAUAAUUUUCUGUGUGGAACUGAGUGGAUACGACUUGAAGCUGUAUGAAGAUAACCAAACGAGCCGAAUGGCAGAGAGUCUUCGCCUUUUUGACUCCAUUUGCAACAACAACUGGUUUAUCAACACCUCCCUCAUCCUCUUCCUGAAUAAGAAGGAUUUACUGGCAGAAAAAAUUCGCCGUAUCCCGCUAACAGUUUGUUUUCCCGAGUACAAAGGCCAGAAUACUUAUGAAGAGGCAGCUGUCUAUAUCCAACGGCAGUUUGAGGACUUGAAUCGCAACAAGGAGACCAAGGAGAUCUAUUCACAUUUCACUUGUGCUACUGAUACCAGUAAUAUCCAGUUUGUCUUUGAUGCGGUGACAGAUGUCAUCAUCCAGAACAAUCUCAAAUACAUUGGCCUGUGCUAGGGAGCCAUGCAAACGUGUUUGGUUUCUCAAGGUGAUGUAAAAAAGGCUAAAUGGAAAUGCCAGGGCAGCUUUUGGAUGACCCAGUCAUGGAAGGGAGAAAUAUGAAGUAUGUUCACAGAUCCCUUCAGCUGCCUACAUGCAUUUUUUUUGCAAAAAAAUACAUUAAUUAAAUGUUUUGGAAUGUGCAAGGCCUCCCUAAAUGGUGAGGUUUUAAACUGUAUGGAAAUGUUUUCACUACUAUCACCAACACCACUGGUUCAUUCUAUGUGUUUAAUUUAUUAUUCCUAAGAUGGUAGAGCUAUCCUAUUCUGUGUAAGAGACAGAUCAUUGUCUUUGCUGUCCUAGAAACCAUUUAAGGUCAGGAAGAUGCCGAGGUGGUUGAUGGGAGAGAGGGCUUAUGCUGUGGUUCUUUUCCUCCUAAGAGGCUAGAGAACUGACAUACCAGAAAAUAUUGAUCCUUAACCACACCCCAAUACAUAAUCAGUUGAUGCAUAUAAACUUGGAUCAUGUAUACAAAGAAAACAGCUUGUAGCGAAUAACAAGUACAUACGAAGUACACAUGUGGUCUUUGUAUCAUAAUUAAUCAUGAAUAUUUUACCCAUUGAAAGCAAUUUUAAAAAUGUGUUCUGUCCAAUGAAGGAAUUGAUAGUGCAGGAGAGUUCUGUAUGUUUUUAUCCAACUUGUAACCCUUUUUGCUGUUGACCUUCAAAAUAUGCAGCAAAAAAAGAUAUAUGAAUGGAAUUAUUAAAUAAAGACUAGGCCAAAUUGCAGACAGUGUUUCUUCUACCAGUGAGGAAUUUUAUACAUCAAAAGUCUUCUUUUACAUCCUUUUUUGCCAAAUAAUUGUGCUGUUUCAUGAAAACUCUAAAAGUUUAAUAAGUGGUUGCGUGUUCUUUUUUUAAAAAAAUACAGAUAUAUAAAAAAGAAGACAUUUUGGAAAAAAGUAUUGUUUUGUGUCUGGAUUUAUGAGUGUGCCAAUGGACAAAACUAUGCUGUUGCUCCAAGGAAAUUCUGAGAAGUAUGGCAACAUUUAGAACAGCCUUUCCAAAAACAGGAGCCAAUGAAACUGUACAAUAUAGCCUUUUCUUUUCUUUUUUGGUGUUUUUUAUUUUUAAACAAUGUGCUGUAAUUACUAGGUGAACAGAUGAGUGAUAUGAACAAUACCUACAUGUCUUGAUAUUUAAAUUUUUAAAAUUAAAAAUGCAGUUAGUGAAAUUAAAUAAGUUGAAGCAAUGCAUUCUUCAGCUUCCUUUCAUCCUGUAUACAAAUAAUACUGGAUGGUGUAUUAUUCUAGCAAAUUUCCAGGCAAGUUUGAAUGCCCAAGAAGCUCUGUGUGAUAUAACUAGAAACUCUCACACAGCAACAAGGCCAUUGGUUGUGCUACUCUCCUCUUCUUCCUCUGAUCCCAUGCAAAAGGUGUCUUACAGAAUUCAGAACUAAGUGUGUAAAUAAAUGUUCAAGAAUUGUAAAGCACAUAAAUGUGUUCACACUUUCUGUCACAUACACACAUAGCAAGAAUUCAGGGAGAAUCUUCUUCCUCCCUCUGUUUCCCACUUGUGUAAAGAUUAGUGCGAACUAUCAGCCAAGGGCUCUAAGAAAAAUAUAGAGGAAACAAUGAAUGAAAAUGCAGUUACAGGCUGUUCACUUCAAGGAAAUAAAUAAUCUGAAUGAU